AUGUCUUCCUACAGCGAAUCAGACGUCGGCAAAGGCCUCCGCUUACUUAAAGACGGCUCCUCAUUGGCUAAGGCCUCCACUGCAUGCAGGGUCCCCAAAUCAACCCUGCGCGGCCGCAAGCAAGGUGUGGACUCUCGCAAGCGGGCUACGCAGAAGCGGCAGGCAAUUCCCCCCUAUUGGGAGACUUAUCUGGCCAAUUACGUUAUACACCAAGCCAAAAUCGGCCUAGCUCCAUCCCACAAGCAAAUCAGGAUGCUUGCCGUGCGGCGCCAUGCCGAAUUGGGCUAUCAGCGCCCUCUUGGCAAGCAUUGGCUAACCCGCUUUCUCCAACGCCACCCCGAAAUAGCAACAACCCGGGCCCGGCCGAUUGGACUGGAUCGGGCCACUAGUGCAACCCCCGAAAAGAUCUCCGCUUUUUUCGACCAAUUGCAACACCCAGAUUACAGCGAUAUACCCAAUUCAGCAAUUUGGAAUAUGGAUGAGACAGGCCUACGUGAGGGACUAGGCCUAAACGGGCUAGUCCUUAGCCGGGCUGGCCGGAAGUCGACCCCAGUUAUGCAGCCUGAGCCAGGCAGCUGGAUCACGAUUUUGGAGUGCGUCUCCGCAGCUAGGGGGUCAAUUGACCCAGUUAUUCUGUUCAAGGGCCAAUUAGAUGUCUGGCGGCACUGGUUCAAGGAAAAACUGGACCCUAACUCCAAUUGGUCCUAUAAGACAACUCCAAAAGGGUGGACCAGCAAUUCUAUCGCGAUUGAUUGGCUCACAAAGCAUUUUGACCCACUCACACGACCCGCCGACCCCUCACAAAAGCGGCUGCUAAUUUUGGAUGGCCACGGCAGCCACUGCCAGCUCCACUUUAUGUGGCUAGCCUUCCAAUCAAAUAUCAUGCUGCUAUAUUUGCCUGCCCACACAUCGCAUAUCCUGCAGCCGCUUGAUAUGGGGUUAUUCGCGCCCCUCAAACGAAAAUACCGCUCUGCCUAUUCGAGCCUAGCUCAGGGCAUGGAACUAGCCAAUCAGAAGGCAUUGUUUAUUGACGCAUACGCAAUUGCACGUGCUAGUGCAUUUACCCCAGAAAAUGUGCGGGGUGGGUGGCGGGGAACAGGAAUUCGACCAAUCAAUGCGUCGGUGCCCCUCUCCCACGUACUUGUGCUUGACCCACACACACCUCAUGACGAGCCAAUCGCACCGCUCAGCAGCCAGGAAAGCGCUGACAUUCUCAUCAGAACCCCAAAAUCAUGCAGGGACCUCCAACGAGCGGCAUAUGCGUACAAGCAAGGACCCACCCCGACUAGCUUCUUUCGGAAGCUUGAGAAGUAUAUGACGCAACUUCAAGGCGAGGUGAUCAGCUUGAAAGAAGAGGUGGGGCACUUGCGCAGCAGCCUCAAGGCGUAUCGGCCAAUCAGACGGAAGCGGGUCCGCAUUGACCCCAACCAGAAAUUCACCAAGGUGGUGGACAUCAUCAAGGCUAAGCCUCUUUCGGUAAUAGCUCCUGACCCACCUCCAGGGCUCUCUGACGCGCAAUUGGCUGAAUUCAAUGAUGGGUUCGAGGUGUGGGAGUUGGAGUAUGACGCAAGUGGGGACGAGGACAACCAAUCAUAUCUCGAGCAAGAGGCAGGGGAUCCACAGUCUAUGGAGACAGAGUUCCAAAUCUAG